AUGGAUUCCAACAUGGAGAGGACAGGACAAUUCAAUCCCGGGUUUCAAAGCCGACGUCCGGUACCAAUUCCUGUUACGAUGCCCCAGCCAGAGAGUGCAAUCCCCGAACCAAAAGCAAUGUAUGAUCCUGCACAAGUGGGUGGUGUUGACCAGAAUGAUGAUUUAUGUUCCUGGGAAAGUAUUGAUAAUCAGCUGAGUGAUGACGAUGACGAUUUUUCGUCUUGGGAAACUAUUCCUUACAGUCCUUGUGCAACCCCUAAUUCCAUUGAAAGCAAUUCUGCACUGCCCUCUCCUUCUUGUUGUCUGUUCUCGCCGUCAACUACUCCGUUGCCUUCACCUAUUCCGUCAUCCUCUCCUGCUUUUACUUUGUUGCCUCCUCCUUGUGAUCCAUCCUCGCCGUUAACUACUCCUCCAUCUUCUCCUACCUUUACUUUGUUGCCUUUACCUUCUCCGCCAUCUUCUCCUGCUUUAACUUCAUUGUUGUAUCGAUAUCCUCCGCCUCCUUAUUUUGUUCCAUUUACGCCUUCAAGCAGUACUGAACCGGCGUCAUCAUAUCCCACUUAUACUCCAUUGCCACCUCCUUAUUAUGAUGCUCCUCCAUUUUUUCCCUCAUACACUCCAUGGCCAUCUCCUUAUGAUAAUCGAUGCUCUUUAUAUACUCCACUUUAUCCCGCUAAUAUCCCACUGCUCUCUCCUCACUAUGGUCUGCACUCACCCUUAAAUACCCCAUCAUCUUCUUCUCCCACUUGUACACCAUUGCUGUAUCGUUAUCUUGGUUCGAACUUGCCUUGGAACGCUCCAUCAUGA